AUGGUGCCGCAGCUGCGCGCGAUCCAGAACGCGAACGGCCAGCAGCACCGGGCCGCCGUGCCCGCCACAGCCGCCCGCGCCGGCCUGCCGCGCCGCACCCCACGCGGCCCGCUCGCCGUGCGCGCGUUUGUCGCCGAGGACAAGAACUGGCACAAGCUCGACGUCAAGCAUGUCAUCCAGGCGCAGCAGUUCGGCCGCGAGGCGAUCGAUGUGAUUUUCCGGGAGGCGGAGCUGAUGGAGAAGGUGCGGCCAGGCACGCCGGAGUCGAAGAUGCUGGAGGGCCGCAUCAUGGCCACACUGUUCUACGAGCCCUCCACGCGCACGCGGCUGUCUUUCGAGUCGGCCAUGGCUCGGCUGGGCGGCACGGUGCUGUCCACUGAGAGCGCCGGGGAGUACUCCUCCGCGGCCAAGGGGGAGACGCUGGAGGACACCAUCCGGACUGUCGAGGCGUACGCGGACUGCAUCGUGCUGCGCCACUUCCAGGAGGGCAGCGCGCUGCGGGCCGCCGGCGCCGCGAGCAUCCCCAUCCUCAAUGCCGGCGACGGCCCGGGGCAGCACCCUUCGCAGGCCCUCCUGGACCUCUACUCCAUCAAAAAGGAGAUUGGGCGGCUGGACAAUGUGAAGAUCGGGAUGGUGGGGGACCUGCUCAACGGACGCACGGUCAGGAGGGCUGCCGCGUAA